AUUGAAGAGUAGAAGAUAGAAACUUUUCAUAGCAGAGUUUUGGGAGAGAGUGAAAUGGCACAGUGGUCGUUGCUUAUCCUUUUCUUCUGCGCGGCCACCGCCGCCGCCGGAUUCACCUUCCACGACUCCAACCCUAUCCGGAUGGUCUCCGACACAGAGGAGCAACUACUUCGCGUGAUCGGAGAAAGUCGUCACGCUGUCUCUUUCGCCCGUUUUGCUAACCGAUACGGUAAGCGAUACGAGACUGCCGAUGAGAUGAAGGCUCGGUUUAAGAUCUUUUCGGAGAAUCUUGAAGUUAUCAGGUCUACUAAUAAGAGAGGACUCAGUUACAAGCUCGGUGUUAAUCGUUUUGCUGAUUGGACUUGGGAAGAGUUUAGAAGGCAUAGACUUGGUGCUGCUCAGAAUUGCUCUGCUACUCUCAAGGGGAAUCAUAAGAUUACUGAUGCUAAUCUUCCUGAGGAGAAAGACUGGAGGAAAGAAGGUAUAGUCACCCAAGUUAAAGAUCAAGGCCACUGUGGAUCAUGCUGGACAUUCAGCACAACCGGAGCAUUGGAAGCAGCUUAUGCACAGGCAUUUGGAAAGAAUAUCUCUCUUUCUGAGCAGCAGCUAGUGGAUUGUGCUGGUGCUUUCAAUAACUUUGGAUGCAACGGGGGGUUGCCGUCCCAAGCCUUUGAAUACAUUAAAUACAAUGGUGGCCUUGAGACAGAGGAAGCAUAUCCCUACACUGGAAGCAAUGGUCUCUGCAAAUUUUCAUCUGAAAAUGUUGCUGUUAAAGUCCUUGGCUCCGUCAACAUCACCUUGGGUGCUGAGGAUGAAUUGAAACACGCAGUUGCUUUUGCUCGGCCCGUUAGUGUGGCAUUUGAGGUGGUGCGUGACUUUAAAUUAUACAAGAGUGGAGUUUACUCUAGUACAACUUGUGGCAGCAAACCCACGGAUGUGAAUCAUGCUGUUCUUGCUGUUGGAUAUGGAAUUGAAGACGGUAUACCAUAUUGGCUCAUUAAAAAUUCGUGGGGAGGUGAUUGGGGUGAUCAUGGCUACUUCAAGAUGGAAAUGGGAAAGAAUAUGUGCGGUGUUGCAACAUGUUCAUCCUAUCCUGUUGUGGCUUAAAUGGCAAAUAGGGAUAUGAUGCCCAAAAGGAUGCUUUGGAGACUUCCUUCCUGUACGCUAUCUUUGUAGUUAUUCAUCUUAAACAUGUUCAUCCUAUCUUUGUUGAUGUUAGUAUGUAAAAUAAGUUUGGAAUCGAGACGCAAAAUUUCUUCUAUUUUUCAUAUACGACAUUACUGAAUAAGAUUGUAAAUCAUGUAUCAUUAUUACAUAGAGACAUAAUUUCAUUAAA